AAUUUGAAAGCUCUCUCCUCUAAUUUUUCUCUUCUGCUGAACGCUUGUGUAAGAGCUUCAACCCUUCAAUUUCAGAUAUCGGACGGAGGACGGUGUUAGUGUGGUUCAAGAACUCGGGACACUGAUACUAGCAAGGUACAACGCAGGUGGAUGGCAAAGAGUCAGACCACCGGAAACCUACAAGCGACGGCGGCAAGGAACCUAAGGGUGCGUGGCUUUACUGCAGUUGGCGGAGUCUAGAUAUUGCGUUUUGAGUGCUGAAGCCAGAGGACCUUCUGGCUGAAGGAAUUGGUUGCUUUCCACUUGGGAAGGAGUUUCUCCAAGGAGUUUUGAGCUUGUUGAGCUCUAUGGAGUUUCAAUUUUGUGAUUGCAGACAUGCUUGAGUGAAGGCAAGGGCUAUUAUUUCCCGCCAUGCCACAUUUUGGAUAUAUGUGGUUUCCGGGUUUUGUUUGAUUGUCCGAUGGACCUGUCAUCUCUUGCAAUCUUUUCUCCUGUUCCAACCAGUUCAAAUUCGAUAGCUUACAAUCGAAAGUUCUCCUGUUCUUCCGAAAAAUAUGCGGGUCUAGAAUUGAAUGAAGACAAGAGACUGAAAAUCGACAAACCUCUUGAUGCAAACAGUUUAAUUGGUGCCGAACCCCAUUAUAGAACUGUAAAGAACUUGCUUUUGUGGAAUGUAUCUUUUAUUGAUGUAGUUCUGAUAUCUAGUCCCAUGGGUAUGCUGGGGUUACCGUUUCUUACUCGGAACAAAGAUUUUUCAGCUAAGGUGUACGCAACUGAGGCCACAGCUCGAAUUGGGCAACUAAUGAUGGAGGAUCUUGUGAGUAUGCAUAAGGAGUAUAGGCAAUUUUAUGGAGCUGAGGAGUCUGAUGCACCUCAAUGGAUGAAAUGGGAUGAACUUGAAUUGCUUCCAUUGGAAUUGAGGCAGAUAGUGUUUGGUGCAGAUGGGACAGAAUUUGGUGGUUGGAUGCCAUUAUACAGUGCAGCUGAUGUGAAGGCUUGCAUGCUGAAGGUCGAGUGUCUCAAGUAUGCUGAAGAAGCUUGCUAUGGUGGCACAUUGAUUAUACAAGCUUUUAGUUCUGGUUUAGAAAUAGGAUCAUGUAACUGGGGUAUCUCUGGUCCAAAAGCAAGCAUUUCCUAUAUUUCAAGUUCUGUUUUUUCAUCAGCGGCGGCAAUGAGUUUCAAUUACCAGGCUCUUCAGAGAAGUGAUGUAAUUUUGUAUUCAGAUUUCUCCUCUUGCAACGGACUGGACAAAUUUGACAAUGAUGAUAAUUGCUCUGGGGCUGCUGGUAACAACUAUUCAAAUUUAAGCUCAGAUGAUGUAAAUUCAGAAGGACAUGACACAUUGCUUAAUGAUGAAGAGUAUUUGGAGGAGAUGGAGAAGUUAAAUUUCAUAUGUUCAUGUUCUGUGGACUGCAUAAAAGCUGGUGGUUCUGUUCUAAUUCCCAUUGCACGUAUUGGGAUCACUCUGCAGCUGUUGGAGCGAUUUGCAGUUAACCUAGCAUCUGAAAAUAUGAGGGUUCCCAUUUUUCUCAUUUCUUCUGUUGCAGAAGAGCUUAUUGCAUUUACAAAUAUCAUUCCAGAAUGGUUGUGCGAGCAGUGGCAAGAUCGUCUCUACUCUGGUCAACCAUUAUUUUCUCAUGUGGAGAUGUUAAAAGAUGGAAGGCUAUAUUUAUUUCCUGCCAUUCAUUCACUCAAACUAUUAAAAACUUGGCAGGAACCUUGCAUAGUAUUUUGUCCUCACUGGAGUCUGCGACUUGGACCUGUUGUGCAUCUGCUCUUGCGAUGGAGUGCUGAUCAAAAUUCACUCCUUGUUAUGGAGGAAGGGCUGGAUGCCAAUCUGGCCCUCUUACCUUUCAAGCCAAUGGCAAUGAAAGUGCUCCAAUGUUCUUUUGUUUCAGGAAUACAGAUGCAAAAAUCUCACCAUUUACUGAAGAUAUUACAACCUAGACAUGUUCUGUUUCCGGAGAUAUUAAGACAGCAUAUUGGUCCUUUGGAAACUGUAUUUUCAUUCAAUUACUACUCUGAAAAUAAGAUGGUACAUAUCCCGUACAUGAAGGACUCUGAAUUGGACAUCACAGUAGAAUUGGCCUGUCAGCUCCAGUAUACAACACUGAAACAACAAGACAUGAAUAUCUCGAGGUUGAAGGGAGAGCUCAUGAUUGAGCAUGGAAGAUACAGAUUACACCUUGGAAACGACGAGCAAGUUUCCUCUCAUCCUAGGCCGCUUGUGCAUUUUGGCAGAAUUGACUUAAAUAAUCUCCUGACGGCAUUGCAAAAGCUGGAUAUGAAUGCAACAUUGGAGGAAGUAACUGGUGCUGCUGGAUCUCACAAAGCUUCUCGCAUACACGUGUCAGAACCCAGCAAAGCCAUGAUCGAAGUCAUCGAAGCACAAACAGUGAUUUCUGCUGCAGAUGAAAAUAUAGCUUCCGUUAUUUCUCAAGCCAUAUCUGGUGUUUUGGAUUGUAUUUGAUGAACAUGGCCCUUAAAAAUUAUUCGGUUUUGUUCCCAUUUCUGUGUGCAACUUAAAUGGAUAGUGAAUGUUGUAUCUUCGAACAGGACUUCUGGAGAGCUGAGAAACUGAAUGCGAUGGUGUUAAGCUCUGAUGAAAGAGCUUUUCUACACUGUUCAGUCUUGUGGUCACGUUUCUGCCACUAAAUGUUGAUUUUAUAGGUUAUCAAGAGAGAUGUUUGGGGUGAGCUUA